CUUUCCGCUACACCCUACAAGAGCUCAGGCUUGACACUCGGGCUGAGACUCAGGCUUGAGAGAAGAACUAUCGCUUCAGCGAAUUGAUAACUUACUCCUCCCUUUGAUUAUAUUUUAUUUUUUUUCUUUCCAUUUCGAGUGCUGUGACGCAGCACUUCCGCGACGCGCUUCGCGGCAAACUCCACUCAGACGAGCCCGUGUUCAGGACUUGUUCUUUGUGCAGUUAACCCGGCGAAGAAUCAUCGAGCAAGACAACCUUAACAAAGGAGUGGCAACAGAUUAGCUGUCCCAAGAUGCCUUUCGGCGAAGAUCUCUUCCCCGAUAGGGACUUGAGCCCUGCUCCGAUUCAGAGCGACCUUCUCAAAUCUCUUGAGGCCGAGAUGGAUCGAGACUAUGGGGAGGUCCAAAGCGCGGGCCCAACCAUAGUUACGUUGGCCGACCGCGCUGUCGUGGACAGAGAACCGGCGGGUGUCCCGGAACCCGACCAGCAAGUUCAAGCAGAAGAGAAGGUCAACGCCGCCUCACCCGAGCCCGCCGCCCCUUCUUCAACAUUUAAGACGCGCGGCCGGCCAUCGCUCUCGGCUUCGGCAACUCCUGUCGGGUCAGCCGCAUCGGGAACGCCUAAAAGUGCCACCACACCCAAGGGUGCACGCGCUAGCAGUGGCAAGCGCAAGGCGGCGCAAGGCGAGCCAAAGGAGACCGAGACCGCAGCCACACCAGUACCGAAACGCGGCCGCCCAGCCCGCACUGCCGGUGUUUCCGCCAGCGCGCGCCUCGCGGCAGCGGCCGCGAACAAGCCGGCUCGCGGUCGCCCCAGGUCCACCACCGUGAGCGAUCCCCGUCAGCCAUGAGAUGAUGCUGCCUCCAGUGUGC